AUGUUGAACGCCGGACUUGUGACCGCCGGAAUUCCGAUUCAUUUCAGUUUGAUUCGAUUGGGUUACAGAGAACAGCAACGGCCCGACCCGUUGAAACAACUGAUUCAAUGCUUCCAACGUGCCGCGACAAGUGAACAAAGUAAAACGUCGUCAAUUGCUGAUGAUAGAUUGUAUGUGAAUUUUGCACGCGUCAUGUCGAAAUCGAUUCAUAUCGAGGAAGAGGACAAUCAAGACGACGAUGAGGGCGAAAUGGACCAAGCGAAGAAGGAGGAAGAAUCACAGGCACUGAGAGCCGAGCAAGCCGUGCUAGCGGAUCGAGGUGCAGCCAUAAUGUGCUUGAUGUAUCUGUCGGCAAGUAAUGGCGAGCCAAGCGAUAUGGUUGCCGAAACAUUGCAACUUGGUAUACAUCUACUGAGUGGUGGUAAUAUCGCUAUACAGAAGGUAUAUUAUUCAUGCCUUUUUUGA